AUGUCCAAUGACGAAUUUACCUCCCCCUUUCGGGUCUCCAGUCAUGAUCUGCUCCAUUUAGAGCGCAAUGAAGCCUUUCGUGCUAUGCGGGAACAGCUCCGCCGCCAGGAGUGCGGCAUGGAAGGGCCGAGCUUCUGCGCCGAUCAUCGUCAUCUAUGCAGCUCCGCCGACCAGGAAUCUUUCCGCCUGCACCGCGACAUGAUUCACACUCUGCUCGUGCCCCUCUUCCUCAUCAAUCACCAGGCGGAAAGGAUUGCCGCCCGCCUACUACCCACCAAAAAGGGAACCGAACCCGAACGCGCCUUCAAGGGGGAAGCCCGCAGUGCAUUCGCCUGGUUGUCGUGCAUCCUGACCGAGGAGCACGACUGGUAUCUAACCGCACGAUGCCCGGCCUGUAUUGUGCUGCACGUCCUGCACUCCGAACCCACCAUUCGGUUCGUGACGGUGGCCGCCCUGCUGGCCGGUCCGCGCUCCGGCUUCGACUGCUGGCUGUCCGCCCUCGAGACUGCCGUGCGGGAGGAUCCCUUUUGGGGGGACGCCUUUUGGCCCGAGAUUGAAGAACGGGCCGCCCGUCUGGCGGACGGGGUGCAGCAGCUCGUGCGACAGUGCCACGAGCUGCGCGUCACGCUCGACAGCCCCACCGCAACGCCCUCCUUGGCCAAGACGUCCGGCGUGGGGAGCGGUCCGCUGCAUCCACCUGCACCAUCCCGUUGA